GCCUUAUAUCGUAAUCAAUAUGUCCGUUGAAAUGGAUGAUCAAGAACGCAAGAUUGUCAACGAAUUUUGUCAUUAUUUGGAAAAAUCAAAGCAGCUAUUCAACGGAUUAAGAGAUCUACCCCAAUACGGUCAUAAGCAAUGGCAAUCGUAUUUUGGUCGAACAUUCGAUGUCUAUACAAAACUAUGGAAAUUCCAACAGCAAAAUCGACACGUUCUAGACGUCAAAUAUUCCCUUAAAAGGUGGCAAAUAGGAGAAAUAGCAUCGAAAAUAGGGCAAUUAUAUUAUCAUUAUUAUUUACGUACAAGCGAAACGAAUUAUUUAAAUGAAUCGUUUUCGUUUUAUAAUGCUAUUAGAAUGCGAGCUUAUUAUUCCAGUGCCAAUAAAGAAGAGAGACCUGAUUUGAUGGUGAAAAAAUUGAGAUAUUACGCCCGAUUUAUAGUUGUCUGCUUGCUUUUAAAGAAAAUGAAAUUAGUUAGAGACUUAGUUAGAGCAGAUAAUGUUGUGAACGUUACGGAUCUUGAGUCUACUCCUGUUAUAUUAUCUCAUCGUCUAACUCCAACGAAUAUUGUAUCGCUGGAAAAAGGAACGCCUAUUUAUUUAACUCUUCAGGAGAUAUUAAUUGUUGGCAAUAGUCACUCACAAGUCAAGUUUAGUGAAUUGACUUUAGAUAUGUUCAGAAUAUUGCAGACGCUAGAAAGGGAACCUCAAGAAGAUCUAACUAAUCAAAUUUUUGACGCCUCUCCGGCCCCUGGUCGAAUACCCUUUGAUGGAUCUGGGAUAUCUAAGAGAGAGAAUCCUCAUAAAUAUUUAUUAUACAAACCGACUUUCUCGCAAUUAAAUGCAUUCCUAGCUUCCGGAUUUAAAGAACUUCCGCCAUCCGGGGCUAUGUUAAUAUAUUUAUCUGCUGAUGGGUGUAGAAAUCAUUGUGAUAACAGCAGAAAACUUGACAUUGCAUACGAUUACGGAGGUUUGCUUACAAAUAAUAAAAGAGAGCCAGAAUUUGUACAGAAUAAAACAAAGAGGUCGGGAGCUUUAAAAGACAUGCAUUGCCUACAUCCAGGAGAUUUAUAUUUAUAUUGCAGAAAACCAUUAUUCCUUAUUGUCGAUAGUGAUAAUAGCUCAGCAUUUGCUCAUUGGCCAGUUCUAUUUGGACAACCGUUAGUCUGUUUAUUAUCAGCAGCGACGUUUCCAGAUAGUUUUCCAGAUCAAUCCUACAUUCAAUUUUAUGGUGAUGACUUUCUAAGAUUGCUCAUGCUUCGCUUCGUAUUCUAUUCGGUUGUUGUCCUACUACAUAAAAGUUUUAAGGUAGGGUUCCCAACAUUACCCUUUGAGUUAUCCGAAAAUCCCACGAGAAGAACUAUUAGAGUCGCCUCAGCUUAUAAAAAACGUAUUAGAUUUGUCAAAAAUCCUAGAACUUUUAUGUCGCCAGACUCAUCUAUUCCUCGCUUUCUAAAUGCGAGAGACACGGAAUUAUUCUUCCACGAUUUGGAAAAACAGACCGAUGUGUCAGUACAACAGACAGAUGGAUUGAAUGGCAAUUUUGACCAAAAUCCUUGUAAAUAUAGAGGGCAUACAGUGCUGAAACAAAUGUUCCGUACAACCGACUUUCCACCUCUUCUACUUUACGAAUUAUUUACAUAUUUUGGUGAUCCAACCGUGGACUUCCCGAACACCAACUACAAGUUUGCUUAUCCAAAGUUUCGAGAGAGGGUAGAAUUUGAGCAGAUGAUAGACGGUCUGCGGACAACAAGCCAUUUCGUUGACAAGCUAAGAAAUUUCACCUCCAAGUUGGUGAGAUUUUGUCAAGUAGUGCGAAAUGUUCCAUAUUCGCACUACCUGUACAAGUAUCCACCAAGAGGCUAUGAACUGGAUUUUUACAAAUGCCCAACAAACGGUAAACUUAACGGAAAGAAGCUUUCAAAAGGGCAAAUCAUUCUCCAGCUGGUAGAGUUGUUGAGAUUACUAACUUUGAACAACGGAUAUCUUCACUUUCCUGUAGAAGUUUAUAAAGCGAGGGAUGAAGAAGCAACUGUGGUAGCAAUGGCAGAAGUGUCCAAAAUGGAAAGCGCUGCUGAAGCGGUAAAGCGUCCCGCCGAUAAUAAUGAUAGUGAUGAUGAUUGGGUUGGACCUAAAAUUGGAGAGUCAGCAACUGCAAAAAAGAGGAAAACUCUUCAAUUUGAAAAAGUCUACUUAGAUAAUUUACCUGCAUGUGAAAUGUACGAAAAGAGUUACAUGCAUAGAGAUGUGAUCACUCAUGUUGUGGUAACAAAAACGGAUUUUAUCAUAACAGCAAGUGCUGAUGGACACGUAAAAUUUUGGAAAAAGAACCCAGAUAGAGAUAUAGAAUUCGUUAAGCAUUUUAGAUGUCAUUUGACCAAUAUUCUUGAUCUUGCUGGCAGUAACGAUGGACAGAUGGCCGCAUCAAUCGCUGAAGACCAAAUAGCUAAGGUCUUCGAUGUAAUUAAUUUUGACAUGAUAAAUAUGCUUAAACUACAAUUUCAACCGUCAAAAUGCGAAUGGAUUUAUGCCCAUGGUGACGCAAUGCCCACUUUGGCAAUAUGCGAAAAAUUAAAUGGAAAUAUUCAUAUUUUCGACGGUAAAGGUUCAUCUGAACCUUUGAAAAUUUUAUCUAACAUUCAUAGCUCACCUAUAAUUGUUAUGAGAUAUAAUGCACGUUACGAUACUAUCGUGUCAGCUGAUACCCAAGGAAUGGUCGAAUAUUGGUGUGGACCUCAAGGCGAUUACAAGAUUAACGGCAACGCUUCUUGGCAAUCAAAGCUUGAUACCGACUUGUUCGAUUUCUUGAAAGAAAAGACACUCCCAUUAGAAUUUGCUUUUUCCACUGACGGAAAUAAAAUGGCAUCUCUCAGCAAAAAUCGAAAAGUAAGAAUAUUUAAUUUCUUGACUGGAAAAUUAAGUAAAGUUCUUGAUGAGUCGAUAAGUUCUGCUGAAGACUUACAAAGAACUAAAAAUUUUGUUACAAACAUGGAAUGGAAUCGCAGAAUUGCCAUUGAAAAAGAACUUGAAAAGUCUAGCUCUUACGCCUAUUGCAAUAUCAUAUUUGAUUGUUCGGGAAAUUUCCUUCUUUAUGGAAGUCCUAUUGGUAUAAAGAUCAUAAAUUUAAAAACAAAUGUUUGUAGCCGUAUUCUUGGAAAGGGAGAAACUAUUCGAUUUUUACAUAUAUCUUUAUGGCAAGGUAGUGCUCAACAAAAAGCUGUACCCACAGCUGAAAUGGCUGCAAGUGACAAUCCUCUUUUGAGUCAAACUUCAUCAUUAACUGAUCCAACUGUAUUCGCUACUGCUUUUAAGAAGAAUCGAUUCUUUUUGCUGACUAGGCGUGAAACCGAGGAUGACGACAGAGAUGUUUUUAACGAAAAGCCUACUAAAGAAGAAAUACUCUCAGCUACAACUGACGCUGGUGGACCAUCAAGAACGGGCAAAUACGCAAUCAUACAUACUACAAAGGGUGAUAUUCAUAUUGAAUUAUUCCCGAAAGAAUGUCCAAAGACCGUAGAAAAUUUUGUUGUUCACUCGAGAAAUGGCUACUACAACAAGCAUAUAUUCCAUAGAGUUAUUCCAUCGUUCAUGAUUCAAACUGGUGACCCUAAAGGAAAUGGUACAGGCGGAGAAAGUAUUUGGGGAGGAGAGUUUGAAGAUGAAUUUCACCCUUCAAAAAAACACGAUCGUCCAUAUACUGUUUCUAUGGCAAAUGCAGGGCCGAAUACAAACGGUUCACAAUUUUUCAUAACAGUUAUACCUACCCCAUGGUUAGAUAAUAAGCAUACUGUGUUUGGAAUAGUCUUUCGAGGAAUGGACGUUGUACAAGCAAUAUCGACUGUCAAAACUAAUAAAGAAAAUGAUAAACCAGUGGAUGACAUUAGCAUUGUCAAUAUUGUUGUCAAAAAUUCCAACAGUUAG